AUCUCGAAUCAUGGGCAGAUGCAAAAAUUGAACGCAUCGAGUUUCUUGGACCAACUUAAGGUCAACGCCUCGAGUGAGAAUUUUGAAAGAAGGAACAGUUAUGACACAUUUCAAACGUCAAGAAAUGUACAAUGUCCGAAACUAGACGGGAGUUCAUUUUUAAACCAACUGAGAACUUCCAACAAUGCCAGUUUCCAACCACAGCAGCAGAGAGACACGAUCAGUAAUCCUUCCCAUACUGAAGCACAUUCAACAACAUUUCCCAUAACGGUAAGCGCAUUGCCGUUGGCGUUACUGAAAGUCAUGUUUUGCGAGGCAAGGUCAGAAAAUAGUUCGUACUAUUUAAAACACGAGCAAGAGUGCUUUAUCAGAUAUAUCUUAUAUCUGCUGGUCAAGCACAGGACUGCUUGUGUUUUGAAUGGCUUAAAAACGCGUGAGUUCAUUGGCGAAGUAAUUUUAAAAAUCAACGUUGUCUAAGCCGAGAAAAUCAAGGCUAAAGUUUAUGUAAUUUACAUGAUUUUUUAUCACAUCAAACCACAGACACGGUAGUGAUUUCCUAUGUCUUUUCCUCAUGAAUAAAUGAACUUUUUUAAGUACUAGUUAAAACAUGAGCAGCCGAUCUGUAUCUGAUAUACAAACUCGAGCCGAAGGCGAGAGUAGUAUAUCAGAUACAGAUUGGAUGCGAAUGUUUUAUCGUACUUAAAAAAUGACCCAUCUUAUGAAUUCAUUGGCGAAGUAAUUUUAAAAAUAAACAUUGUAACCCACGGGUGUUUGGAUCAGGCCAUCCAAACACAGAAAUUUAAAGUGCCUUCGCGGGAAUUUUAAACUUUGUUGUUAUUUUAUAAAACAAUUACUUUAUGGUUCUCGUGUUUUGAUGGCCUGAUUCAAACACUUGGGAAUGUUACUCGAUUUAAGAAAAGCGCGCAAAAUCACUCGCCUUCGGCUCGUGUUUCGCGCGCUUUUCUUAACUCUCGCAACAUUCCCGCGUGUUUGGAUCAGGCCAUCCAAACACGGAAACCAUAAAGUAUUUGUAUAUUGCAGCGUCGCCAACUGUUAAGGCCGGAGAAGCGUUGAAGCGUUGACAAUGUAUUGUUUUCCUUGGUUUAGGACACGUUUCCAAGAACAAGACUUGCACAAUCUCCCAAAAUAGAUCAAUCGUCAUUCCUGAGCCAACUCCAAGCUACUAGCAGUUACCAGCAGAGAGUUUCAAACAACGACCCUUCAUUUCCUCAGUCAAAUUUACACAGCACAAUGAUGGUAAAUAAUCUCUCUUAAUACUGUACAUAUGAUUAACAAGUCCUUAGCGUUUCUCCUUUAUACGGUUUGUUUUUGGCAUUCACAGAGGAAAGGAGAUAAUCUCGAUUUCACGCAAUGUGUUGGUAAUGGUAUUCAGGGAGCCAGGUUAAAAACAAGCGAUGGUAAUGACGAUGUCACGUCUGACGAAAUGGAGAUGACUGCAAACUAUGGUAACUGGAUGGAGUCUGCUACUCCUGCAGCAGCCAAGAACAAUCGUAGUUUAGGCGGUCAGGUAAUUAUCUGAAGAAAAUGAAGGAAAUUAUGACGUGAUGGAGCUUGCAUAUUUCCAAUUUCCAUUUUUAACCUUCCUGGUUCGCUAUAUGCUUGUAAAUGAAUACAGACUAGAGAUUCAAUUCAGGAAAGUUGGAUAGGUGCGAAAUAUUAACAACAUCCCAAUGGUCGGGUCCCGAUCCUUGGAAUGUAGGCCUGCGCAGAACGGACUUUACAUCACCUUUAAGAUUAAGAACAUUUUCAUCAAGGCGAUAUACUAAACCUCUCGAGACUUGAGGGACAUUUCACCACUUGUAUUUUGAUACUAAUGACUAUUGCAUGAGAUGUUCGUUAAUGAAGUUACGGUUGAUUUUUCAUGUCUGUUAAAUAUUUAAUUGAACGUCAAUAUAUGAGAUUAAGCAUAAAGAUGAGGGACGAUUAGUAACUAAUCGUCACGUGGGAUGAUUAGUUUCUAAUCGUCCCUCAUGUUUUAGCAAUGAGGUCAAUUAGUCAUUAAUCGUCUCUCGCGAAACAAAGGAUUUCGAGGCAUAGCUAUGAUAUUACUUUACUUAUAUCUUGAUCGUCUCAAUGUACUUUCCAGCGUUCACUACAGAAGAACAACGAUUUGGACUUCACCCGAUGUCAUGGUGGUAACAUCGAAGCAUUUCCUUACCAACAUUAUGAUGAUGCAGAUAGGACAGCGAAUCAAAUGGAAAUGACAAGAAACUAUCAAAAUUGGGAGCAACAACAGACGUAUAUGGUUCCGCUACAAAGAAAUGACAUCAGCCAUAAGGUAUGAUACAUAUUGAGUUCAGUGCUGAGCUGGAUGCCCAUUUCCACUCAGGAAAAUUUUUCGCAGAAAGAAAUUUUUGUAGAAUGUGAUUGGGCUUCACAAAUUUUCCGUCGGAAAAAAAAAUUUGAAGAUGAAAAUUUUCAACUUUUAACAAUGAUAUUUUCGGAAAAUUUUCUGUCCGUGGGAAUUUUUCUUGAGUAGAAAUGGGUCUUAAGGUUCCAUGUAGAUUGGUAUAUACUGAACCAGGCCUAGGCCCUUUAGUUAGAACGACAAACUUGGCCGUCCAAAAAGUACCGUGGGUGCUUUCACCAAUUCUCGUGGUGGUGGUAAAAAAACGACAGCGCUUGAAAAUAAAUUACUCGGCAAACGGCAGUUAACAACUUUCGUAGUAUUCAAGAAAUACAACAACGUUUGUAUGUUGCCAUUUAACAAAAAUAUUUUACUUAGACCGUCGAAGUGGCCGUCUGAAAUUGUUGUUUUUCAAAAGUAGCCCUCCAUAGGACAGUUACGUGUUACACAUCGCCAGCGCUGAUAUCUCUUACACUUUAAUGGACAACUUGCAUGUUAGUCUAAAUUUUAAUCUAAGUAAAGAGAAAGGAAUCAAACACCACAGCUAAAAAUAACAUAAUGAAAUUAUUCAAAUUAGUAAAAUUGCAGUAUUUGGUUGCGAAAUGUUGUAAAGCGUGGAAAAUAUAGUCUUGCAAAUUUUGUAUAUAUGUUUGUAUUACGUGGGGAAAUUGUUACCGUUUUCGGCUCACAAAUGGUAACAAUUCCCGCACGUAAUACAAACAUAUACAAAAUAUGCAAAUUUCGGAAGGCUAUAUUUUCCGUAUUUUACAACAUUUCGUAACCAAAUUUUGCAAUUUUACUAAUUAUAAUAAGUUCUUUACGGGAAUUUACUUUUUUUUGCCUAGAUCAAAAAUUAGUCUAACAUGCAAGUUGUCUAUUGCUCAUGUAGAUAAGUUUUCACUAUUCUUCACAGCGUUCCCCAGAGAAAGAUGACAAUUUAGAAUUCACCCGUUGUCAUGCUGGAAACAUAGAAACUGCACAAUUUCAAAUUGUUGACGAGGAUAUCACAGUAAAUAUGGAAAUGACAAGGAAUUAUGAAAAUUGGGAACAGGAGAAACCCAAUAUGAAUUCAGUGCAAUUGAAGACACAGAGAAAUUGGGAACAGGAGAAACCCAAUAUGAAUUCAGUGCAAUUGAAGACACCAAGAAAUGACAACAAUUUGCGUUUCAUAAAAAAGGUACAUUUUAGAAUUAGUUUCUAUCCACAUUUCUCAGUUGAAUAUUGCAAGGAGAAAUUUCUGCUGAACACUGACGUCACAAAUCCUUAGAGUGUCCUUCAGAUGCUCCCUAACAAUAUCUGUUCGGGUACAACAACCACAUACAGCGCAAAAUUAACCAUUUUAAUACAAAAUUAUUAUAAACUUUUACAAAAUUUGCUUUGUUUACAAAGGUUAUAUAUUAUGCAUAGAUUGCUAAUAUGUCCUCCAGAUGCAUCGUCACCGGCGCUGUGACGUCAUAUGCAAUUAUGAGUCUAUAUACACGUUAUGAUAGGGUUGAAAUGAAAAACAGAUUUUACUCAGUCGUUCUAUUUCGUUAUUUACAGCACUCACUAGAGAAAGAUGAUAAUUUAGAAUUUACUCGUUGCGAAGCUGGACGCAUAGAAAUUUCUCAGUCUGGAACUGUGCGUGAAGAUGUUGUAGAAAAUCAAAUGGAAAUGACGAGAAAUUAUGAAAAUUGGGAAGAGGAAAAAUCACAUAUGAUUCCAGCGUCACGAAAUGACAGCACUUUCCGUUCCAGAAACAAGGUACUCGUUGAGAUGGGCCUGUUUUCAUAAAACAUGGACGAAAUCGCAGCAGGACGAUUUCGUGAUGGUCAUAUAGAGUUGUUCCUAUAUGGCCUAUGUUACAUCGUGAAAUCUGGGUGGAAAAGUUGCCCAGACUGCUCUUGGGUUGACAGAGAAUCGACCGUCUUCAGACCCAGCUGAAGCGGGAUGAAUGUACUGUAAACACCAAAUAUUUUCGAACCUGAAUUUUAGGGCAAUAGUACUGAUAGUACACACAUGUGUUGAACAGUGAUUGUAAGACUGCAUUUUCAAAAUAAGCGAAACGGCGAAAGAGACUACUAAAUUCUCGUUGCGCGCUCACUUCGUCUUAGUCUCGCGUCCCGGGUUCGACAUUAAAUAAGCUGUCCUAUUACUUUGCAGCGUUCGCCAGAAAAAGGUGAUAAUUUGGAGUUUACUCGUUGCCAAGCUGGACACAUAGAAAUUUCUCAGUGUGAAACUGUCGAUGAAGGCGUUGCAGGAAAUCAAAUGGAAAUGACGAGAAAUUAUGAAAAUUGGGAACAAGAAAAAUCGAUGGAAUCCCGGACGCCAAUGAAUGCCAACAAUUUUGUUCAAAAGGUUUGAAAACUGUAUUUUAGAAUUGAAAGUGAAAUAAACACAAGUAUAAGGCUUUCUUUCCGGUAAUAUAGAUUACAGUCUGACUGAGUUUUGAAAAUACAUUAUAAUUGUAAUAGCUCAGUUAGUUAACCAAGUUUUUUUUUAACAAAUUGAGGGGCGGUGGCUCCCAUGCAGUGAAAACUAUUUCACUAUGUCGGUAGUUCGAGUAUUUAGAGAUUUUUUUGUUAACUUCCAAGGUGUCUGAGAAAAUAUCAGAUGUUUCAGCCAAUCGUCUUGGAGACGAUCUUGACCGUACAGCUAGCGAGAAGAUCAAUGCUUUGAGAGAUGUAGACAUGCCUGCAAGUCAGACAUCUAUGUCAAUCAUGGUGAACGCUUCGAGACUUGAAGAAUUCUCAGGAAAUCAAACAUCUUUGAGUCUCUCAAGACAGCUAAAAAUGACAGAAAAUCAGACAUCUACUAAGCCAAUGGCGAAUGCUUCAAGAGUUGAAGAAUUGUCAGGAAAUCAAACAUCUUUGAUGAAUGUCUCAAGACGGCUAAAAAUUACAGAAAAUCAGACAUCUGCCAAGUCAAUGGUGAAUGCUUCAAGACACGUGGAAAUUGCAGGGAAUGAAACGCCCAAGGUGGCGAGACGUGAAGUAUCAGAAACGCAGAAAUCUACGAUGAAUGUCUCAAGGUUUAUCGACAUGUCAGGAAAUCAAUCUUCUAUGAUGAACACUAAAAGGCAUCUGGAGAUAUCAGAGAAUCAAACAAGCUUGGUGAAGGCUGUACCACGCGCGACGUCGUCGAAAAUUACCAUGGACAAGAACUUUCAACGAUUUGAGGUGAGUGUAGGGACGAGGUCGACCCACCUGUGAAAACAUGUGUUUAUUUAUGAAUAUGUAAGCUAAAAACGAAGAUAUAGAAGCGGCGGAACGUCAGGGGUGGAAAAAUAGGCUAGCACUGCUCGCAGGAAAUGUUAAACAGCUGCAGGAACUUUGUUUGAAUGAAGAUCUGCCAUUGUAAAUUUGAAGGAAACCUUCACACCCAGGUCCCACUAUGGGCGCAACAACAUAUGUUUGACAGACAUUAUUCCUUGAAUUUAAAACCAUGGUCAGCUAGAACACUAUAUGUUUAUACACGUGCAGAUUUAGCACAAAAAUACUCCGUUGGUCUGCAGGAAAUUUUUGUCUCCAGGUUGUGCUCCCAGGAAGAAAAUUCUUUUUUUAUGCCCUCCGGAACGUACUAACCGUUAUCUUUUGAAAUUUCAGAUAAAGAUGCCAAUUUCAAGAACUAGCAAAAUCCCUGUCUUCAAAUCUCAAAAAAAGCAUCCAGCUAUAAAAUCUGAAGAGAAACCUUCCAAACUACUGCAAGAUGAUUUAAACGUUGAUAGCAAAGCGCCGAGUUCAUGUGCUCAAGAUGUGACCAGCACCAGCGGGCAACUAUCGCAUGUCGUCGAUGUUGGCAAACACAAACAGGAAGGUAAUGGUACAUGACAUUAGGAGAUCAACGAUAAACAAACUUAAUCAGUGUUCGUAUACGGGUUUUGGAAAUUGAUUGAGGUGUUUUCCAGGGCACGACAACAUAGGCGAUUUUCCUGUGUUGGUGUAAUUGUACUCAGGUGAAUACGAAUCAUGAUUAUUAGAUUACAUUGAUCAUCGAAGGAACUGGAUUCGGUUCCGAAAUAUCGCAUACUCGGGCCGACCUGACCGCGUAGCUCAGUUGGGAGAGCAUUGGGCUAGUGUUCCAAAGGUUGUGGGUUCGAUUCCCAGCCUGGCCAGGCAUAUUUUUCGGGCUUGCCUGGUGUGGAUACACACUCGGAGUAACAUCACAACCAACAUAUAGGCGAGUUGUGUGCUUGAUUUACACAGUACAACUCAAGUUGUAAGCAGGUUGCAUGUGAUAGUUUUGGGCAAAAUUUGUGUAAUGAAAUCGGUCUUUAUCCUUCUAGAAAUGAAAACAUCGCCAACGGUUGUCAUUGAUGAACAAGAGAAUGCAGUUUCCACGACUGUGGUGAACUUGUUUACAAAGUCAAUUGAACCAGACCCGAGUGACACAAUAGCAAAGACUGAGCAUAUUGAAACAGAGUAUGUACUCGUAUUACCAUCAUUGGAACGUAUAUUAUACCAGUUUCUUAAGCCUCUAUGUAGUACAUUUCUUACAAAAUGAAAUUAUUAUUAACAGUAAUUGUUGACAAACUAUUUUAACUCUUUGUAGGAAUAAUUUAAUUUAAAGGCGACAGAAACAAUUUGAAAGUUGCGCUGUAAUUUGUCUUUGGAAAUAAAGAGUAUAUACACCUGCCGCCAUGUUGAAUUGCUCUCAGUUUCUAGUCAGGAUUGAGUAUUUUCUUUUAUAUUAUUUAGAAUACCUGAAUGCAAGAAAGAAAGCAUUCCUGAGGAGAAACCACGUGAGGUAGGCCAGCUUAAUAAUUGGUAGGUUUAUUAGUAUUGAGCGUUAAGGUCCAUUUCCUGACUCAGGAAAAAAUUUUCACGGGAAAAAAUUUUCACGGACAGAAAAUUUUUCGAAAAUAUCAUUGUAAAAAGUUGAAAAUUUCAACAAAUUUGUGUCGGCCAAUCACGUAGUGAUGCGCCGAUAUGGAAAUUCAUCGAUAACCGAUAUUGAAGGACCGAUAUUUUGCCUACACCGAUAUUCCAUAUCAUUUUACAAAAUUCAAAGAUGGCAUCAUCAAAUUACCGAUACCGGUAUUUCUAUUUUGGUACCGAUAAGCCAUUAAGCCGAUACACUGAUAUGGAGGAUAUCGGUUACUACAAUCAUUACUACAAUCACGUUUUAUAAAUUUUUCUUUCCGCGGAAAAUUUCUUGAGUGGAAAAUUUUCUUCCCUUUACAGGGAAGCAGAUGGCGAUCAACUUCGGAAUAUUGCGUGAUACUGUGGCUUAUAAGAAUAUUAACUUUGUUUGCCAUACGUUGUAUACAUACAAUGAAAAGAAUUAACAUACGUGCAUGUAUUUAAUUUUCUCACUCUUAAGGUCCAGACACACCGGACGCGAUUCGACAACGCGACGCGAUUUUUCGAUUUUCACUGACCGAUAACUUUGAUCCUAGUUUAAAUUUUCCAAAUAUUUCGAAGCGCUAUAACAUUUUGAGUUACUUGGUCUACAUAACUUUCAAAAUUUGCUCUCAUUGGCUGUUUUAUCAACUUUCAAAAACUAAAAAACUCGCGUCGCGUUGUCGAAUUGCGUCCGGUGUGUCUGCUGCACGAUACUGCUUAGUGAAACCUUUACACCUACUGCAUGUAUAACAUUCUGAUCCCAUUGAACCUUUCUGAGCCAUACUCUCCGUACAUUGUGAUCCCAUGCAUUGAACCUUUUUCAGCUGUGUGUAAAAUAUUGUGUUUUUAGGCUGUUCCCCAGGAGCCAUACACGCUGAGAAAAUUCAUGUAUGAUGCUGGCAUUGGUUUCAUUCAACCCAACACGAGGAGAAGCGAAACUCCCAUGUUGAGGGUACGUAGGUGCUGAAAUUUCGUUUUUAGAAAAAAAGGAAAGGUUGACUUUCGCAUUUGCGAGCGGGGUUUGAUUCCUGAAUUGAGAUUAUAUAAUGAAUAUAAUUUUGCCUCAGUUGAGGAGUCCUUUACGUUUAACAUAAUAUACAAAUGAUUCAGUGAUCUGUUCAAAUGUUCCAGCUAUAUUCGUUGUUUUGGUAGCCUUCCCAACAACAAAAUUCCCAACAUCCCAAAUAAACUUGUUGAAAAUCCUAAGAGAAUCGACAAGUUUAAAAAUUGUCCAUAAUCUAUCAAAUGAUCAUGUAUACAUCUACACCAGCUUCUAUAAACCUUAAUUCUUUUUAUAUUCAAAUAUUGUAAAUAAGUGUAAUUUAGUUUAUUAGUAAUAAGUCUAUUCUCUUCUUAUAAUGUACGUAUUUUCCGCACGGCCCUUUGAAAAUCACCAUAUAUAUUUGAAUUAUCUGAAAAAGAUUUGAACGCUUAACUGUGCUCUGGUCGUUUGGCGGCAGCGCCCUAUACUGUAGUUUACUUUUGAGCUGCAGCGUGAAACAACUAAGAACUUCAAAAAUUGUUAGUUUAUACGGAAAAUUUUAACCAAGUUGAUAUAUAUGUGCCCAGUCGAACGAGGAUGAGAGUUGGCGUCGCGCAUUGUUCCAGGGGAUAUUUCAAGCUCUAGAUUAACAAAAUAAAUGUUUGAUGAGUAUUCCAACUAUGUUUUAACUUCAAUAGAAUACAUGAUAGUGUUGGGAAAGCAUUAAGAACAGCUAACCAAGGUCGCGUGACGGACAACCUCUCGUGCACUCUCAUCCUCGUUUCAUCCUCAUCCUUAAAGCCUAUUUUUAUUUUUUUCCAGUCCAAUAUUCCGAAAGAUCUAAAAGACAAAAUCUACUCCAGAUGUUUGUCCGAAGCGAAACUUGAAAUCAUGGAAGAUUUCGCUCAACAGCUACAGAAAGGAAUUGCUGAGUAAGUCAAAAAAGUAUUUUUUCUAUUUACAAAUGUUUCUCAAGUACCCCCUGCAUGGUUUUGUCCACCUUUGAGAAACAUGGCUAGCAAACACUUUUUCCGCAGCAAUGCCAGUGUUUCAUAGUUUGCCAUCUCCAGGAGACUUGGAAACAGUGUUUCUGCAACAAUAUCUACUAGUUUAUCUUUCGCCUGAGAAAUCGAUUUCUCCAGAAGAGAAUGAUGCAAUUGAAUGUGCAAUUCGUUGUUGCUAUUGUAAAUGACCAAAGUCGAAAUAUCGUCCAAAAGUUCUCAUUUCGUAUAACAUUUGACGCGCCGAACUUGAGCGCACCGCAUGCAAUAAGUGGAAUGCUGGAAAUAAGAAAGCACGCAAUAACCCACACACAUGUUGAGUUUCUCUUGAAUUCAAUGGUGCUGUCAUUUGUGGCUUGCCUUUUGUCUCGAGCGAUCACAAAGAUGUUGUAGUUCAUGAAACAUAUCAUACACAAUAUGAGAACAAUAAUUAUUGCUCUGAUUAUAUACAUCAACCUCUCCCUGUCCGAGAUACGACGCAUUAAUGGUACAACGAUAGAUAUUAGUUGUGUAAAGAUCAUAAAUUUAACAAUCCGUCCUUUGGUAAUCUUGGCUUGAUAAAAGAAAGGAUGCGCUAUCGCUAGAUAUCGAUCGAGGCUCAUUGACAAUAAUACACAAAACUCUAAUAAUUGUAAAGUUAAGUAGAUUUCUUUUAAUAUCUCCUAUUUGUGACACAGUGGUUUCUUCAAAGCUUGGGAUAGAUAACAGUAUUAUGGUUGGAUGUGAAAAUAUGAUCACAAGCAGAUCAAAACACGAUAGCACAAAUAUCAUAAAGUGACAGUUUCCUCUGCGAAGUUGCGGAGACUUCCACAAACUGAUGAUAACCCUUGAAUUGAGAAAUAUUCCAGCGAAUGUGAAGAAACCAUUUACAACACAUAAGAAUAUUAAAUUAAUUGACAUAUACAACUCCAUGUUAUGUUUGGGACUGUAUGCCUAUACCGCUUCACACUUAAACUGAGAUGAAGAGAUGUUUGAAAAAAUAAAAUAAAUAUUAAAUUGUUGCUCGUCCAAUAAAGCGUGUGCACUUUGAGUAUGUACUGUAAAAGGACUUAAACACGCAUCGAUUAUGUUGUUUAGCAUGUAUUUAUACUGCGUUAAAAAGGAGCCAGGUGCCAGCUGUCGCCGACAUUUUACAGCGCUUGCCUGCGACUUUUUUAAACUAGAAACGCCAAGUUUUUCUUGGUAAACCAUAAGAAUAUAUGUAUAACUCUUUCAUUUGAGUUUAAUUAAAAAGAAUCUGUCUUGUCAUAAAAUGUAUGUCGGCGUUAAAAUAUGUUUGAAUUUGGCCAUCUGGUAUCUUAUCAUUCUCGUACCCAGAGCCCUUCUUACGCGCGGUGCGACGAGGGGCUCUGGCCAAAUCCAUAUCCGAACUGGCAUCUGAUUGGCUAGUUCUAACACCGGAUAUUGUUUUCUUACCAUGUUUUUAUGGUAUCCGGUUAUGGAUUUGGCCAGCGCCCCCAUCCUCGUUCCCUAGGGCUUCACAGCCGAGAAGCCCUGGGAACGUGGAUGCCAGCGCCCCUCGUCGCGCUCGGACUGGGUCGAACGCGCGUAAGAAGAGCUCUGGGUACGAGAAUGGCAUCUUAUGACACAACCUCGUACCCAGGCUCUUUCCACUACGCUCCUCCCUCCAGCGAUGAGCGUAGUGGAAAGAGCCUGGGUACGACAUUGCUAAUGACAUUCUGUCAAACUUAAAAUGGAGUGUUAGAAUACACCCUUCUGGAAAGUACACAGUCUUGGCCAUGGAGCCUCGUUUUCGUGAAUCAGAUAUUGGGUUUAGAGCCCAUUAACUUGUAUGUUACAAGGAAAAACUCAUACGUAUUAAAAGUUGCAAAUUUAUUAUUUAUAGCUAUGAUUGCUAUAGCAUCCAAUAAGUCCGCGAGCAGGAGUGCGCUAGUGUUUUAUAUCUGAUAAAGCAAGGAAUGCGAGUGUUUAAAUGGCUUAAAAACAACCAUCCGAUGAGUUCAUUGGUGAAGUAAUUUUAAAAAUAAACAUUGUCUAAGCCGAGAAAAUCAAGGCUAAAGUCUUUGUAAAUGAACAUGAUUCUUUAUCACAAUUUAUUUAUGAUGCUCAACAGCUAUAGAAAGGAAUUGCUGAGUAAGUCAAAAGAGUAUCUCUUAUACGGACAAAUGUUUCUAAAGUAUCCCCUGGUUUUGUCCACCUUUAAGAAACAUGGCUAGCAAGCACUUUUUCCGCAGCAAUGCCAAUGUUUCAUAGUUUGUCAUCCCCAGGAGACCGUUGGUCAGGCAAAAGUAUUUCUGCAGCAAUAUCUACUAGUUUACCUUGCGUCUGAGAAAUCGAUUUCUCCAGAAGAGAAUGACGGAAUUGAAUGUGCAAUUCAAUGUUGCCAUUGUAAAUGACCAAAGUCGAAAUGUCGUCCAAAAGGUUUCAUUUCGUAUAACAUUUGACGCGCCGAACUUGAGCGCAUAGUAUGCAAUAGCUGGAAUGAUGCAAAUAAGAAAACACGCAAUAACCCAUACACAUGUUGAGUUACUCUUGAAUUCAAUGGUGCUGCCAUGUGUGGCUCGCAGUUUGUUCCUAGCGAUCACAAAGAUUUUGUAGUUCAUGUAACAUACCAUACAGAAAAAAAGAGCCACACCAAUUGUUCCGUAUAUGUGUAUCAGAUUCUGCAUGUGUGAUACACGACACAAGUAACGCAGUAUUGGUGUAGCGAGAGUUGGUAGUUGAAUAAAGAUUAUAAAUUUAACAAUCCGUCCUUUGGUAAUCCUGGCUUGAUAAAAGAAAGGAUGCACUAUCGCUAGAUAUCGAUCGAGGCUCAUUGACAAUAAUACACAAAACUCUAAUGCUUGUAAAGUUGUAUAGAUGUCUGUUAAUAUCGUCCCUAAUUGUGACACAGUGGUUUCUUCAAAGCUUGGGAUAGAUAACAGUAUUAUGGUUGGAUGUGAAAAUAUGAUCACAAGCAGAUCAAAACACGACAGCACAAAUAUCAUAAAGUGACAGUUUCCUCUGCGAAGUUGCGGAGACUUCCACAAACUGAUGAUAACCCCUGAAUUGAGAAAUAUUCCAGCGAAUGCGAAGAAACCAUUUACAACGCAUAAGAGUAUUACAUUAAUUAACGUAUACAACUUCAUUUUGUGUUUUGGACUGUAUGCCUAUAUACCGCUUCUAAUAAUAAUAAUAAUAUUUAAUAUUUAUAUUGCGCAAAUUAACAUGUUAUGGUAUAUGAUCAAAUGCUUCUCACUUAAACUGAGAUGAAGAGAUAUUAUUAAAUUGCUGCUUGUCCAAUAAAACGUGUGCAUUUUGAGUACGUACUGUAAAAGGACUUUAACACGCAUCGAUUAUGUUGUUUAGCAUGUGUAUACACUGCGUUAAAAAGGAGCUGGGUGCCAGCUGUCGUCGACAUUUACAGCCGCUUGCCUGCGACUUUUUUAAACUACAAACGCCAAGUUUUUCUUGGUAAACCAUAACAAUAUGUGUAUAAUUCUUUCAUUUGAGUUUAAUUAAAAAGAAUCUGUCUUGUCAUAAAUGUAUGUCGGCGUUAAAAUAUGUUUGAAUUUGGCCAUCUGGUAUCUUAUCAUUCUCGUACCCAGAGCCCUUCUUACGCGCGGUGCGACGAGGGGCUCUGGCCAAAUCCAUAUCCGAACUGGCAUCUGAUUGGCUAGUUCUAACACCGGAUAUUGUUUUCUUACCAUGUUUUUAUGGUAUCCGGUUAUGGAUUUGGCCAGAGCCUCUCGUCGCGCUCGGUCGAGCGCGCGUAAGAAGGGCUCUGGGUACGAGAAUGGCAUCUUAUGACGCAACCUCGUACCCAGGCUCUUUCCAGUACGCCCCUUCCUCCAGCGAGGAGCGUAGUGGCAAGAGGCUGGGCACGAGGUUGCUUAUGACAUUAUGUCAGACUUAAAAUGGAGAGUUAGAAUACACCUUUACGAAAAGUACACAGCUUGGGGAAGGAGACUCGUUUUCAUGAAUCCGAUAUUUGGGCUUAGAGCCCGUUAACUUAUAUGUUAUAAGGAAAAGCUCAUACAUAUUAAAAGUUGCAAAUUUAUUAUUUAUAGCUAUGAUUGCUAUAGCAUCCAAUAAGUCCACGAGCAGUAGUGCGCUAGUGUUUUAUAUCUGAUAAGGCAAGGAAUGCGAGUGUUUAUUUAAAUGGCUUAAAAAACGACCCAUUUGAUGAGUUCAUUGGUGAAGUAAUUUUAAAAAUAAACAUUGUCUAGAAGCCGAGAAAAUCAAAGGUAAAGUCUAUGUAAAUGAACAUGAUUUUUUAUCUCAUGAUUUUUUAUCACAAUUUCUUUCUGAUGCUCAACAGCUACAGAAAGGAAUUGCUGAGUAAGUCAAAAGAGUAUUUUUUCUACGGACAAAUGUUUCUCAGGUAUCCCCUGGUUUUGUCAACCUUUGAGAAACAUGGCUAGCAAACACUUUUUCCGCAGCAAUGCAUGUCAAUGUUUCAUAGUUUACCAUCUCCAGGAGACUUGGAAACAGUUUUUCUGCAACAACGCGUCUACUAGUUUAUCUUGCGCCUGAGAUAUCGAUUUCUCCAGAAGAGAAUGACGCAAUUGAAUGUGCAAUUCAUUGUUGCUAUUGUGGAUGCCCAAAGUCCAAAUGUCGACCAAAAGUUUUCAUUUCGUAUAACAUUUGACGCGCCCAACUUGAGCGUACUGUAUGCAAUAGUUGGAAUGAUGCAAAUAAGAAAGCACGCAAUAACCCACACACAUGUUGAGUUUCUAUUGAAUUCAAUGCUGCUGCCAUGUGUGGCUUGCCUUUUGUUUCGAGCGAUCACAAAUAUUUUGUAGUUCAUGAAACAUGUCAUACACAAUAUGAGAACAAUAAUUAUUGCUCCGAUUAUAUGUGUCAACUCCUUCUUGUGCGAGAUACGACGCAUUAAUGGUACAACGAUAGAUAUUAGUUGUGUAAAGAUCAUAAAUUUAACAAUCCGUCCUUUGGUAAUCUUGGCUUGAUAAAAGAAAGGAUGCGCUAUCGCUAGAUAUCGAUGGAGGCUCAUUGACAAUAAUACACAAAACUCUAAUAAUUGUAAAGAUAUGUAGAUGUCUUUUAAUAUCGUCCCUAUUUGUGACACAGUGGUUUCUUCAAAGCUUGGGAUAGAUAACAGUAUCAUCGUUGGAUGUGAAAAUAUGAUCACAAGCAGAUCAAAACACGAUAGCACAAAUAUCAUAAAAUGACAGUUUCCUCUGCGAAGUUGCGGAGACUUCCACAAACUGAUGAUGACCCCUGAAUUAAGAAAUAUUCCAGCGAAUGCGAAGAACCCAUUUACAACACAUAAGAAUAUUAAAUUAAUUAACAUAUACAACUCCAUGUUAUGUUUGGGACUGUAUGCCUAUACCGCUUCACACUUAAACUGAGAUGAAGAGAUGUUUGAAAAAUAUUAUUAAAUUACUGCUUGUCCAAUAAAACGUGUGCAUUUUGAGUACGUACUGUAAAAGGGUCUUAAACACGCAUCGAUUAUGUUGUUUAGCAUGUAUUUACAUUGCGUUAAAUAUGAGCCAGGUGCCUGCAGCUGUCGCUGACAUUCACAGCCGCUUGCCUGCGACUUUUUUAAACUAGAAAAACCAAGUUUUUCUUGGUAAACUACAAUAAUAUAUAUGCAUGUAUAUAUAACAAUAAUAUAUAUGUAUAUCAUUCGAGGUUUGAUUAAAUGUAUAAUCUGUCUUGAUAUAUAAUGUAUCUUGCCGUUAAACUAUGUUUGAAUUUCACCACCUGGCAUUUUAUGACACCACCUCGUACCCAGGCUCUUUCCACUACGCUCCUCCCUCCAGCGAGGUUGCUUAUGACAUUCUGUCAAACUUAGAGUGGAGAAUUGAAAUUAUGGAGCCUCAUUUUCAUGAAAUGGAUAUUGUGCUUAGAGCCCGUUAUCUUGUAUGUUACAAGGAAACGUCCAUACAUGUUAAAAGUCCAUAAAUUAUACACCAAAAAAGCCUACAAACAUAUGUAAAUGGUUACGUACUAUUUAAAACUCAAGCAGGAGUGAUAUAACACGAUAUAUUUGAUAUCAGCGAUAUAUCUGAUAAGGCACGGACUGCGAGUGUUUAAGUGGCUUAAAAAACGACCAAUCUGAUGAGUUCAUUGGCGAAGUAAUUUUAAAAAUAAACCUUGUCAAGCCGAGAAAAUCAAAGCUGAAGUUCAUGUACCGUAUUUACUUGUUUGAGCGCCGCGGCGCUCUUUAAAUUUUCACAGCUUCAGAUGCGGCGCUCUUUAAAACAUCUUUUAUUUGUGAAUUAUAAAAAGAACUUUUAACAAUGAAAUAAACAAGUUUUUUAAAAGGUUUUUGUCACUAAAUGUCCUCAUUUUGACGGCGGAAAGUUUUUACGCUGUUUAGUGCGGCGCUCAUUCAGGGGCGGCGCUCUUUAAAAAAAAAAUUGAUCUCAAAUGCGGCGCUCAUUCGGGAGCGGCACUCAAUCGGGGGCGGCGCUCAAUCGAGUAAAUACGAUAAAUGAACUUGAUCUUUUACCACAAUAUCUUUCUGAUGCUCAACAGCUACAGAAAGGAAUUGCUGAGUAAGUAAAAAAAGUAUUUUUUCUGUGGACAAAUGUUUCUCAAGUAUCCCCUGGUUUUGUCCACUUUUGAGAAACAUGGCUAGCAAACACUUUUUCCGCAGCAAUGCCAAUGUUUCAUAGUUUGCCAUCUCCAGCAGACUUGGUCAGGAAACAGUAUAUUUCUGCAAAAAUAUCUACUUGUUUAUCUUGCGCCUGAGAAAUCGAUUUCUUCAGAAGAGAUUGACGCAAUUGAAUGUGCAAUUCAAUGCUGCCAUUGUAAAUGACCAAAGUCGAAAUGUGGGCCAAAAGUUCUCAUUUUGUAUAACAUUUGACGCGCCGAACUUGAGCGCAUUGUAUGCAAUAGCUGGAAUGAUGCAAAUAAGAAAACACGCAAUAACCCAUACACAUGUUGAGUUUCUCUUGAAUUCAAUGGUGCUACCAUGUGUGGCUCGCAGUUUGUUUCUAGCAAUUACAAAGAUUUUGUAGUUCAUGUAACAUAACAUACAGAAAAUAAGAGCCACACUAAUUAUUACGUAUAUGUACAUCAUCUGCAUGUGUGAUACACGACACAAGUAACGCAGUAUUGGUGUAGCGAGAGUUGGUAGUUGAAUAAAGAUCAUAACUUUAACAAUCCGUCCUUUGGUAAUCCUGGCUUGAUAAAAGAAAGAAUGCACUAUCGCUAGAUAUCGAUCGAGGCUCAUUGUUAAUAAUACACAAAACUCUAAUGCUUGUAAAGUUAUAUAGAUGUUUUUUAAUAUCGUCCCUAAUUGUGACACAGUGGUUUCUUCAAAGCUUGGGAUAGAUAACAGUAUUAUCGUUGGAUGUGCAACUAUGAUCACAAGCAGAUCAAAACACGACAGCACAAAUAUCAUAAAGUGACAGUUUCCUCUGCGAAGUUGCGGAGACUUCCACAAACAGAUGAUAACCCCUGAAUUGAGAAAUAUUCCAGCGAAUGUGAAGAAACCAUUUAGAACACAUAAGAAUAUUAAAUUAAUUAACAUAUACAACUCCAUGUUAUGUUUGGGACUGUAUGCCUUAUUAUACCGCUUCACACUUAAACUGAGAUGAAGAGAUGUCUGAAAAAUAUUAAUAAAUUGCUGCUUGUCCAAUAAAGCGUGUGCAUUUUGAGUACGUACUGUAAAAGGGUCUUAAACACGCAUCAAUUAUGUUGUUUAGCAUGUACUUACAUUACGUUAUUAAGGAGCCAGGUGCCAGCUGUCGCCGACAUUUAUAACGCUUUUUUUGAGAAACGUAUAUAACGCCAAGUUUUUCUUGGUAAACCCUAAGAAUAUAUGUAUAAUUCUUUCAUUCGAUGUUUAAUUAAAAAGAAUCUGUCUUGAUAUAAAAUGUAUGUCGCCGUUAAAAUAUGUUUGAAUUUCGGCAUCUUAUGACAUAACCUCGUACCCAGGCUCUUUCCACUACGCUCCUCCCUCCAGCGAGGAGCGUAGUGGAAAGAGCCUGGGUACGAGAUUGCUAAUGACAUUCUGUCAAACUUAAAAUGGCGAGUUAGAAUACAUCCUUCUGGAAAGUACACAGUCUUGGCCAUGGAGCCUCGUUUUCAUGAAUCAGAUAUUGGGUUUAGAGCUCGUUAUCUUAUAUGUUACAAGGAAACGUCCAUACAUAUUAAAAGUUGCAAAUUUAUUAUAGCUAUAAUUUCUAUAGCUAUAGCAUCCCAAUAAGUCCACGAGCAGGAGUGCGCUAGUGUUUUAUAUUUGCUAAAACAAGGACUGCGAGUGUUCAAAUGGCUUAAAAAACGAACCAUCUAAUGAGUUCAUUGGCGAAGUAAUUAAAAAAUAAACAUUGUCUAGAAGCCGAGAAAAUCAAAGCUAAAGUCUUUGUAAAUGAACACGAUUUUUUAUCUCAUGAUUCUUUAUCACAAUAUCUUUCUGAUGCUCAACAGCUACAGAAAGGAAUUGCUGAGUAAGUCAAAAAAAGUAUUUUUUCUACGGACAAAUGUUUCUCAAGUAUCCCCUGGUUUUGUCCACCUUUGAGAAACAUGGCUAGCAAACACUUUUUCCGCAGCAAUGUGCAUGUUUCAUGGUUUACCAUCUCCAGGAGACUUGGUUAGGAAACAGUAUAUUUCUGCAACAAUAUCUACUAGUUUACCUUGCGCCUGAGAAAUCGAUUUCUCCAGAAGAGAAUGACGCAAUUGAAUGUGCAAUUCAUUGUUGCUAUUGUAGAUGACCAAAGUCGAAAUGCCCUCCAAAAGUUCUCAUUUCGUAUAACAUUUGACGCGCCGAACUUGAACGCACCGAAUACAAUAGCUGGAAUGGUGCAAAUAAGAAAGCACGCAAUAACCCAUACACAUGUUGAGUUUCUAUUGAAUUCAAUGGUGCUGCCAUGUGUGGCUCGCCUUUUGUCUCGAGCGAUCACAAAGAUUUUGUAGUUCAUGAAACAUAUCAUACACAAUAUGAGAACAAUAGUCAUUGCUCCGAUUAUAUAUAUCAACUUCUUCAUGUAACAGAUGCGACGCAUUAAUGGUACAACAAUAAAUAUUAGUUGUGUAAAGAUCAUAAAUUUAACAAUCCGUCCUUUGGUAAUCCUGGCUUGAUAAAAGAAAGGAUGCACCACGGCAAGAUAUCGAUCGAGGUUCAUUGAGAAUAAUACACAAACCUCUAAUAUUUGCAAAAUUAGGUACACUUCUUUUAAAAUCCUCCCUAUUUGUGACACAGUGUCUUUUUCAAAAGCCAAGGCAACAGAUAACAGUAUUAUCGUUGGAUGCGCAACUAUGAUCGCAAGCAGAUCAAAACACGACAGCACAAAUAUCAUAAAAUGGCAGGUUCCUCUGCGACGUUGCGGAGAUUUCCACAAAAUAAUGAUAACCAUUGAAUUGAGAAAUAUUCCAGCAAAUGUGAAGAGCCCAUUCACAACACAUAAGAAUAUUAAAUUAAUUAUCAUAUACGAUUCCAUUUUAUGUUUGUGACUGCCUAAUGUAAACUGCACGCGUUCAACUUGAACUGAGAUAAAGAGAUAUGUCGUGCGCGUUUUAAGUAGUAUACUAUACAUACGCAAAUUGUCUUAAAUAUGCAUCGAUUACAUUGUUUAGCAUGUGCUUAUACUGCGUUAAUUAAAAGGAGCCCGGUGCCAGCUGUCGCCGACAUUUUAUAGCGCUUGCCUGCGAGUUUUGAAUUAGAAACGCCAAGUUGUUUUUUUUGGUGAACCACAAGAACAUAUAGCUCGUUCAUUCGAGGUUUAAUUAAAAAGAAUCUGUCUUGGUAUGAAAUGUAUAUCGCCGUUAAAAUAGGUUUGAAUUUAAUGUUUAAAAAGACCAUCUUGCAUCUUAUAAUAUUAUGACAAAUUUAAAAUGGAGAAUUAAAAUACGCCCUUCUGGAAAGUAUACACGGCCUUAAUGGCUAUAUAGAGCAUCGUUUUCAUGAAUCAGAUAUUCGACUUAGAGCUCGUUAUCGUAUACGUUGCAAGGAAAAGUCAAUACAUAUUAAAAAUUCAUACUCCAAAAAGCCUGCAAUUAUAUGUAUAUAAAUGGUUUAAGUACUAUUUAAAGCACGAGCAGAGGUGCUUUAUCAGAUAUAAAACACGAGAGCGCAGCUCGAGUGUCUAGUUAUAUGUGAUAUAGCACUGACUGCGAGUGUUUUAAAAAACGACCCAUCUGAUGAGUUAAUUGGCGUAGUAAUUUUAUUAAAAAUAAACAUUACAUUGUCUAAGCCGAGAAAAUCAAAACUAAAGUUAAUGUAAAUGAACAUGAUUUUUUUAUCACUUAUAAAACUACACACGAUAUCCUUUGACAACGGUGUCCUUUGUCUUUUCUUCAUGAAUAAUUAAUAAAUUGGUAAAUAUUCAUUAGUAAUUGUAAUAGCUUUUCUUGAAUAAUUGUAAAUAUUUUUGAAGGAAUGAGAAAUUAUUUGCUGCCAAAGCGAAAGAACUGGACGCCAACAAUCCUCCUGUGUUUGCUAAAUUAAUGAAAGUUCUGGGAACUGAGAACGAGGUGAGAAGUCGGAAAAAUUUAGAAGGAGUUAGAACAGGACUUCACUUGACAAGGCUGCAUGUGUAAGGUGAUGUGGUGAAGCAGUGAUGUCGAAGAUACCACUCCCCUGUGGGGGGGGGGGGGUGGCGUCCGUGGGCGUCUCCCCGUGUAUAUUAUGAACCUCUAUAAUGGUAUUUCCAGCGAUUUUGAAGAUUGUGUCAUAUUAUCCAAACAUGACCUUUCCCUUGACAUUUCUGUUAUAAGGAGGAAAUAUUUUGGGUUAUAUAAUUUCGAGAAACAACCGGCGAUUGUCUUAGCUACAGACGGCGGAAAUCGCUGGGGCUUGGUUUUUAUUGGGAAGCCUGCAAAUAUGAAUGAAUGAAAAAAAGUUGCUCAAAAAUUCAGGUGCUUCAUUCAAAAAGCCCCUUGCUUUAAAUUCUAUUGCGAAUCCUGUAUUUGUACAGCAGGUUAUAUAUCUGUAAAAUGCUGACUUGACAUACGUAUAAUCAUAAAAGCGUUAAGAAUAAUCAGUAUCUGAGAAUAACGUUUCCGAGAUCCUAAAUUCGAACCCAUUAGAAAGUUAGUCGGCCUUACACUAGGAACUUCAUCACUCACCACAAUGUCAUCACUGGUUUGUCCUUUUUGGCGUGUAAAGCCACCCUCCUAAACACAUAUAUUUUCGAAAUUUUAGGAUCUUGUCGUGGACGUAAUAAUGCGGUUGAAAAGGACUGGUGAAACUAGAGGCAAACGUUUAUUGUACAACAGAAAGAAAGAGAUGCGCAAGGAUAUCUUAGCUUCACUUCAGGUAUAAAAUAAGUUAUAUACAGAGUCGAGUUGUCAAAAGAUAUACCUGGAUACAUUUAUUGAUGAUUCGUCUUUCUUCAACUUCAGCAACAGGAAAAAAAGCUGUCCUCUGAGCUGUCUCUUAUCAAUAAGCAUAAAAGUGAAUUAGAUGAAGACAUCAGCAUGCUAGAUAAAGGUGCGUGAUUGAACUCGGCAUUUAGAGACGUGUGUGCUCUUUGCUCCUCGGUUAAAAUUUAAUCUGCUGUUUUAGUUUUUGUAUUUCUGCACGUCUGUUUAUUUCAAACCUUCAGAGAAGAAGACCCCUACUGAUCCAGACAACAUUUCUGAAGAAGUUUUUGUUCAAAUUUAUUAACAAGCUGUUGGAAAGUUUGCUUUGAAUUUUAGGGUGCUAAACCUAGUUGGCUUUCGAACAACCGGCCCCAGGAAUGAAUCUAUCAGUUUUGGUUGUGGAAACACCACGUAAAUUAUUAUAUGCAGAGCUAUAGCGAUCAGUAAUGCAUGGAUCUAUAGUUUAAGUUGGGAAGAGAUUAUUUCGCUGGCCUCAGAGUGACAAAACGCAACAACGCAACGGUUUUACUAACACUAAUCCUACUCCAAACACCAACUCUAACCCUAAUCCUUACCCUAACCUAACCCUACUCCAAAUUUGUUUGUAAACCAAUCUUGAAGAAAAAAGUUUUGACGAAAUGUCAUUCUGGGGUCAGCGAAAUAGUUGAUGCCUUUAAGUUGUAGUUGGAUUAGGUAUGUCGGUGUUACCAUUGAUUUCAUUAAGGUAAAUUGAAAUGAGUGGGAAAAAUUUUUUUAGUGGAAGCUGAUUGCGAUAAACAAAUCCUGGAGUUGGAGGCAACAUUAGGAUCAGAAGAAAAGGUACGUAGAUGAGAAUGUGAAAACAUUUCUCACUCUGAUAACUGCAGGUGGUCCGCCAUCUGUGAACGAUAGUGCGUGCAGGAACUCGCCAAUUCACAUGUAUCAUUUGUGUAAAUUUUAAGGAAUGGGCUGAAUACGUCGAAGAUACUAACGAAUUAAAACGCAAGCUUGAAACAAUGGAAUUAGGUAGGUGUAUAUGCGAUGCAUGGUGUAGUUUCUGGAAAGGUCUGCUGAUGUCUAUGUGAAUAAACUUUAACACUGUUUUUAUUGCGCGUUUAUUAGAAUUGAAAUCCAAGGAAGAAGAACGUGCCAGCUUAUCAAGGUAAGAAAUAACGCAAAUUGUCUUACUAGGCGAGACCUCUUGCGGUGACUGAAUUAUGAUCUAUACAAAAGUCCACGAAGUCUUUCUACUUCAAUCCUACAAUGGUAUUAUCCUAAAAAUCUUUUCGUAGUGAACUAUUUUUCUCUUUCUGCUUACCAUUUUCAGUGUAAAAGAAUCUCUCACAUCAGAGAUUGCUGAGCAGAAGAGAAAGACGACAGAUCUUGAGAGCGCUAUCGAGAAGCUGGCGGAGGAGAAGGUAAAUUGCACCUCUAUAUCAGGGUGUUAGCCAGAAAAAAGUUUUGUAAAUUGGGAAAGUUUUUUUGACCGAUCAAAGUCCUUGUGUAGGAAUAAAUAGUGUUUUUUCCAACGUGUUUCUCCUUAGAUGCAAACAAGUACGGUAGCUAAUUUGUACAUUUCAUUUCCGGUGAAUGAACACUGAGAAAUACACCCGAUGGCACUUCGUUUUGUAUAUUUUAUUCCCGGUGAAUGAACACGGAUGCACACCGAUUGCACUUUGUUUUGUACAUUUCAUUUCAGUGAAUACACACCCGAUAUGAAUGAAACGCGAUGCAUUUUGAGAAAAUAGUUAAUGGGAAAAAGUAAAUAAAACGUUCUUUGAUAUGAUAAUAUAAAAUCAAACGCAUUGCACUUUCUCAUCAGAAAAAAAUGAAAAUCUUCCAGUAGACCCAGUUGGGAAAGCCCCUUAGCUAGAAGAGUCCAUCAAACGGACAGUAUAUGGGCUAGCUAACACCCUGUAUAUACUGUGACACUUGACUGGUUGAACUCGGUUUUAAUGAUAGUCUUUAUGUUUUUGUUGUGGUUUCAGACACUCCGCAAAUCGAAAGACGAAGAGAUUCGAAAGUUUCUCCCUUUUCAAACGGCGUAAGUUCAUUACUUUUGUUAACUGUAAAUAGGUCGUAGGUAACGAUUGAAAAAAAAACACUACAACCGACCCCAGUACAGUGCAGUACAAGAUAAGCUUAACUAGAAAUUUAAGUUGAAGUGUAAUGUUUUCAGUGAGACUCGAGUCCUACAAUUGUGCCGGUUGUUUAUUUAUUUUAAUCCAGUCUUCAAGAGUGGGUGUUAGAGAAACACGACGAAACAAGAUUCAAGUUUGUAUUUUUGGGCAGAACGCUUGAUUUGGAUGUUACUUUUGAAGAUGGGGAGAAAAUGAAAGAUAUUCAACUUAGUUCUCAAAUAUCAGGUAUUAUAUACAGUUCUGUUUUAUAAGCUAUCCACACAUGUAAAGCAUAGAUUGUAUUUGCAAAUAUGUGAAACGCGUUCGGGAUGUAUUAAUUAUUUAUUAUUUCCCUUUAUUUUAGAAAUUAGCAUACCACUUGCAAUACUUGGUCAUCAAUUGAUAGUGGAGAAGUUCGCUCAGUAUGAUUUCUUAGCCAUGUUUCCUACUCGCAAGAAACUUCUACAA